GUUGCGUUAAAACAGUUUGAGUUCGGUACGAUUGUCAAUUCAGUCCUUUUGGAACGUUCAUGUAAAGUGUUUGGCGCUUUUUAUGACUGUGCUUGAGUGGUUUUCGUCAUAUUUCAAACGCCGACGUGCAGGAGUCGUGGGUACUGUCCAGGGACCAGUGUAUUCCAAAGUCGGCUGUGCUCCUGGACAAGAAGACAGGCCACAAGCGAUUCCUCUCCUUCAUGGACGCCGGGGUCAUAGCGGAGGCCGGCUCACUCUUCAGUGUAGACCUCAGCGCCUGUGUGGAAGCAUAAAAGGCCCUACAUGAUGAUGAUAGUGAUAAUAGAAAUACUAUAGUAAUUAUUUUGAUAAUAAUAAUCGUAAUU